GCGUACGCCGUGUACCUGGUGCUGGGCGCGCUGCUGGUGGCGCGGCUGGAGCGGCCGCACGAAGCUCGCCUCCGGGCCGAGCUGGAGACGCUGCGCGAGGAGCUGCUGCGGCGCAGCCCGUGUGUGGCCGCCCCCGCCCUGGACGCCUUCGUGGAGAGGGUGCUGGCGGCCGGACGGCUGGGGCGCGCCGCUCUCGCCAACGCUUCGGGGCCCGCCAACAACUCCGACCCCGCCUGGGACUUUGCCUCGGCUCUCUUCUUCGCCAGCACGCUGGUCACCACCGUGGGCUAUGGGUACACGACGCCGCUGACCGAUGCAGGCAAGGCCUUCUCCAUUGCCUUCGCGCUCCUGGGUGUGCCAGCCACCAUGCUGCUGCUGACCUCCUCGGCCCAGCGCCUGAUGCUGCUUGUGACCCACGCACCCCUCUCCCGGCUGGCCGUGCGCUGGGGCUGGGGCCUCCGGCGGAUGGCCUGCUGGCACCUGGUGGUCCUGCUGGGAGUCGUAGUGACUACCUGCUUCCUGGUGCCAGCUGCCAUCUUUGCGCACCUCGAGGAGGGCUGGAGCUUCCUGGAUGCCUUCUACUUUUGCUUCAUCUCUCUGUCCACCAUCGGCCUGGGUGACUAUGUGCCUGGAGAGGCCCCGGGCCAGCCCUACCGGGCCCUUUACAAGGUGCUGGUCACAGCCUACCUCUUCCUGGGCCUGGUCGCCAUGAUGCUCGUGCUGCAGACUUUCCGCUACGUGUCCGACCUUCAUGGCUUCACGGAGCUCAUCCUGUUGCCCAGUUCGUGUCCUGCCAGCUCCAGAGAGGAUGAGGACGAUCAGGCGGACAUAGUGAACCCCCAGCCGGAUCCGCACCAGCAGCUGGCCGCCGGCUCGCGCGCCGACUAUGCCUCCAUCCCCAGGUAGCUGGGGCCAGCGCCCUGAGGCUGGAUGGACCUGGCCUGUGGCCCAGGGGCCCGGGUGACUGAAGCUGCUAUACUGGACCGUCCACGAGCGCAUGCCCAAGUUCUUGAGGCACCGCCACCAGCUGUCCGUCCUUUUUUUACCUGUCCCUGUCCCAGGUUUCACCGCCACUGCCUGGUUCUCCCCCUACCACCUUCUCUCCCUCCCCCCACGCUGGCUUUCUCCCACCAUCUCUGUCUUUCUCUCUCACUCCCCUUGUGUCUCACUCUUUUACUGACUCCACCUGCCUCUCCCUCAGCCAGUUCGAGCAGGCUCUGGGCUCGGACCUCAUUUCGGGCACUCGACUGGUCACGAUACCAUGGGCAAGUGGCUACCCUGGUCUGAGCUCAGAUGUCCUUGUCUGUCAAAUGGACACAAUAUAUCCACUCAUCCCAAACCCCCUCCUUUGAGCAGACCCCAGGCUGAGCGGUGCUGGGGACGCCAUUGUGGUUGAGGUGGCCCCUGGCCCUGCUCUCCUGGGUUCCUAGUCCAGCGAGGUAGACAGACCUGUCCCCACACAGAAUAGGCAAGACUGCCGUGGGGGAGACAGGGUGGCCGGCAUCGCGUUCGAGAAGGCUGUCGGGCAGAGCAGGCAGGGCUGAGGUGGAUGCCUGAUCCGGCCCGCAGGGUCAGGGUGGGCUUUCUAGAAGAAGGGAUAACAACUCAGCCCUGAAAUCUGAGGAGUGUGGGGGGAGGGGAGAGAAGAUGGACCUUGUUUUAUCUCAAGUGUCCCUUGGGAUCGAGAUCCAAGUGGGGAGCCUGGGGGGUAGGCCUGCCCUUAGAACCCUCCCCGGCAGCCUGGCAGGCAGGAAGCUGAGGCAGGACCCAGCCAGGACCCGAGUGGCACGGAAGGCACUGCUCUGAGCCCAGGCACCGCUGGAACAGCCGGCCCUGGUUCCCGAGCACUGAUGGCUUGAGUGCACCGGGCUCGGGGGCCAGUCUGCUGGGGCUCCAACCCCAGCUCAGCCGUGUCCUGCCGCUGUCUGCGGGCAGUCGCUUCACCUCUGUAAUUCUCAGUUUUCCUCAUCUGUAAAAUGGCAAUAAUAACUGAAGGAACCCUGAA